AGGUCACGAAAAGCGAUCGCCGACGGGUCAUCAAUUACCGACCUUCCAUUCAUCUCCCGCUCCCUCUCCACCCCCGUCUUUUCUCUCCCCAUCCCCUUCCUUAUCUCCAUCUAUACAUCAACUUUCAAUUAUCACCAUCUGUCGGAGGCCGUCUGCUCCUCGGUACUUGCCAGCUGGCCUGUCAUAUAAUCCUACCGUCUCAUCGUCACUCCUCGCCUCGUCCACCUUCCCCGCGGAAUUUAGCUCCCGGACCCUGCCCGACUGAAAUCACGAACCUCUCUCGAACAAAAGAUCUCUAAUCGCCCAAUAUGGUCGCCGAUACUCUGGUCUACCACCCUGCCUUGGCACACUACUUGCGCUUUGUCGCGACGACCGUUGGCCGUGACAAGAUCCUCCGCACCCUACAGUACUUUUCGCGUUUCUACGCCUGGUACCUGUACCGCACCAACCGCCCCCAGUCCUCCAUCGACCCCUACAAUGCCGUGAAGAAGCAGUUCGGCACGACGCGCAAGAUCCUGCGUAUCGGCAAGUUCAUCGAACAUCUCAAGGCGGCCGCCGUCGCCCUGGACAACAAGGGCCCCGUCGACCCCGUCCUCCGCUACCUGGCCGUCGGUCGCCAGCUCGGAUACGCCGGUUACUUGACCCUGGACAGCAUCCAGGUCAUCGACGUGAUUGGCAUCCGCAAGCUGGCUGCCGCCAAGCGGUUGCAGGAGAACGCCUACCGGUCCUGGCUGGCCGGGUUGGUCUGCAGCGCGAUCGCCAGCGUCUACACUAUCUGGAGACUGCAGGAGAAGUCGAAGACUAUUGACCGCAAGGAGGGUGAGGGUGUUGUGGAGGCGAAGAAGUUGGAGAAGUAGGUUCCCUGCCUCGUGUUUUGGUGUAAUGGUGAAGGUUAUAGCGUGCUAACGAAAUGAAUAGGGAGCGCUCGACUGCUCGCACCC